AUGUCUCAACGUUACCUCGACGAUUUGAACGAGGAACAAAGAGCAGCAGUUACGGCAUCAAUAGAGGACCCACUGUUCAUUUAUGCAGGAGCUGGUUCUGGAAAAACGAGAACUUUAAUUUGCCGGAUUGCGUACAUGAUUGAUCAAGGCGUGAAUCCAGAAAACAUUCUUGCCAUGACAUUCACAAGGAAAGCUGCAGACGAAAUUCGCGAAAGACUGAAAACAUUUAUCGGACCAAAGGCUUCCAGCGUCACUACAUCGACAUUUCACCAACUAUGCCUCAACAUAUUGAAGCAGAACCCGUUUAUUCUCGGUUUCUCAGGCAACGACCAAACAUUUCACAUUGCAGACAACACAGAACAGCGAAAGAUCAUCAAAAACGCUGUAAAUGCACUCAGACAGAAAGAUCCAUCUCGAAAAGACUUCUCUACACCUACUUCUCUACGUAUUUACACUAACAAAAUGCAUAAUUUUGUAAAUAGAGCAAAAAUGCUGGGAAAAAAGUCACAAGAUUUAUUCGGUGACUUCCAAUUCAUACUAAAAUUUUACGAGGACACAUUACACAAGCGUCGUCUCAUUGAUUUUACAGAUUUUAUGACAUAUACUCAAGAAUUGCUGCUCAAACACCAAAGAGUCGCAUACAAAUACCGCAAACUAUACCAGUACAUCCUAAUUGAUGAGUUUCAAGACACUUCUGACAUAAAUUUUGCAAUAUUAAAAUUAAUUUUACAACAAUCAAUGACAAGGCAGCCUCCAAAUCGACGAGUGACCAUUGUAGGUGAUCCUCAUCAGAGUAUCUACAGUUUCAGAGGCGCAAACCCAGACAACAUCAAACAAUUUUUAGAAAUGUUUCCAGAUGCAGGCCAUGUAACGCUUUCCAAGAACUACAGAAGCUGCGAAUCGAUUGUAAAGGCCUCCCAGAGCAUUAUCAAGUUCGAUGGUAACGAAACCGAGCUAAUUUCGAUGAUUCCAGGUGGAAAUCCCAUAAAAUUCAUUAGUGCCAGCGAUGCAUAUGCUGAGGCAGACUCAAUAUGCACGGAAAUCGAGCGAAUGGUCUAUCCAGGAUCGUCUAUUCAGUACAGGGACAUUUGCAUCAUGUUUCGGAUGAAGAAAGUCGCAUCAGAGCUUGAAAUGGAGCUGUUCAGAAGAAACAUACCAUACUCUAAUAAGCGCGGUCUCAGUUUCUUCAUGAGAUCCGAAGUAAGAGAGAUAGUUUCUUACGCAAGACUAUUAUUAAAUUUCGGUUCAGAAGAAAACGAUACAAAUCAACUUUUAUCGUCUUCCUUUGAAAUGGUUUUGAAUGUACCUGAUCGUCAGUUACGGGCGUGUAUUGCUCCACAGGUCACCAGUGAAGCCAGUAAGAACAAAGUGAAUGUAUUAAAAUAUUUGGAAUUAUUAAUAAAUUCCAAAAUAAAAUCUGAUUUUCCAAAAGCAACAAUAAAAAAACUUGCUGAAUUUUAUCAAAUUAUUGGAAAAUUAAAUCGUCAGAUUUGUCAAAUCAAUACAUCACUUAGUACCGAUACAGUGCUAGAAACAAUCAUAGAGAUAACAAAACUAUGUAAUUUAGAUGAAAACUCAGAAGAAAAAAAUUCAGAAGAUUUGGAUGAAUUUUCUGAAGCUGUCCAAGACAUGAUUAAUGAUAGAAACGAAACAUUCCAACUUCUAUUGGAAGAGAGUAAGAGAUUCCACAUCAGACUGUUGGCAGCAAAUGAAGGAACACCUUUGAGUUCCCAGAAAUGUCUGCAAAAGUUUAUUGACUCUAUUACAUUGGAAACAACGAGUUCUAAUAUGAAAAACGCAGUGACAUUGAGUACUAUUCAUCAAAUGAAAGGUUUGGAGUCUCCUGUUUGUUUCAUUAUGAGAUUUAAUCAGUCAAUACUUCCAAUGGCUGAUAAAGACUCUGAUGAUUCAGGUCUUGGAGAUCAGUCUGUUUCUUUGAAUGAGGAAAGAAGAAUUCUUUACGUCGCAAUGACAAGAGCAAGACAGAAACUGUUUCUAACUUGUGCUUUGUCUGUCAGAGGAAAAGUGAUGGAGAUUUCCCAGUUUUUGCCUGAAAUUGACCAGAAUUAUAUAACAAGAGAUAUCAUUUUGACUGAUGACGAAAAAAGAGAAGUACAAAAGAUUAUGAAGUUGAAUGAAGAAGACUCUGAUUCGGAUUUCGAAUUUAACUUCUCUCAAAAUUAA